AAGUUGAAACAUUUUCGAAUUUCAAAAUUCCGUUUAAUAUAUAUUUUCUACAAAUGAACCGUUAAGCAAUGAAAAUAGAGAGGCAAAUAUCGUCCUCAUGUGGCGUCUGCACCUGCCACACAAAGACAAUCGACGGGCAUUUGGUUGUUAAAGAGAGCCAGUCCAAUGUGAAGGAAGUGGAAACCAUCUACAGACGCAGGCUACGCAACGAUGUGCGUCCGGUUCGUGCUGCCAAAUACCAGGACUCCGGCUAUUCCCUUAAGCGUCCGAAUCUUGCCUAUUCGAGCAAUCGACCAAAAUGUGGACGUAGAUUCGGUGGGGAUAUUCGCUGUGAAGAAAUUAUAGCUGCUAUAUUGUUUGUGAUAAUGGCUUUUAUGGUCCCUCUGGGUCUAUAUUUAAUUAGACGUUACAAUCGUACAUUUUCAUAUGGUGCUGGAGGAUGUCUAUCGACUUUUUUGACUUACGAUGAUUGCCAGAUUCUGAGCUAAAGCGAAAUCCAAAAGCUACUAACUCUUAAGGAAGAAAAUAUAUUUAAAGCGAAGAUUCCAUAAAUAUAAGAUAAAAUUAAUUCUA